UGUCAUAAGAUAACGAAACGAUUUGGGCAAGUUCGCAAAUUGCAGAAAUCAUUUGAAAAGCUACAAGCACAGUGUCCGACGUGCAGAAUGUGGUAUGGUGUACCCAGAGGUAAUCAGCCUCUGAAUGCACACAUGCACGUCGAAGAGAGACGUGGCAAAAUUCCCGGCUUUGAAAAUUGCAAAAGUUAUUUCGAGAUAUUUUACAAUAUUCCAUCUGGAAUACAGACGCGCGACCAUCCAAGGCCAGGAAAUUACUAUCAUGGCACGUCACGCACGGCUUAUCUACCAAACAAUGAACAAGGUCAAAAGGUUCUUGAAUUAUUCAAAUUGGCCUUUCGUUAUCGCUUGAUGUUCACAGUUGGUGAUUCUGUUACAACGGGUAGAACGGAUGUGGUUGUAUGGAAUUCUAUUCAUAAUAAGACCAGUGUUUAUGGUGGACCGCAGAAGUUCGUUUGUUUCCUCGUAAACGCUUUCUGUAAAAACUUUCUUUUCGACAAUUUUUCUUUCAGUUGGAUAUCGAAUUGA